AUGGGCUUCAGUAAUAGUAAAUCAACUAAAAAGCCUUUGCUUUUUGAUAUCAGGCUUAAAAAUGUUGAUAACGAUGUAAUACUACUCAAAGGCCCCCCACACGAGGCUCCCUCAGUGCUUUUGUCUGGUUGUAUGGUGUUAUCUAUCAAUGAACCCAUGCAAGUCAAAAGCAUAUCACUGAGACUUUACGGAAAGAUACAAAUAGACGUGCCAUUAGAAAGACCUCAGAACGCUAGUUCUUCGUCGUUGUCUUCAUCGCCGCCAAAGAUCAGAAAGUACAACAAAGUUUUUUAUAGUCACGCAUGGGAUAAUGUUAACCUAAAGGAAUAUCUUAGUGGUUUAAGAGGGCAAUCUGGUCUCGCAGGCAGUAGCUCAUCAAGUAAUAUCAUAGGAACCCGUCAAAGAGCUCAAUCCACAAGUUCCUUGAAGUCUUUAAAGGGAUCCUCCACACCACACUCAUGUACUCUAGAUAAGGGCAACUACGAAUUUCCCUUUAGUGCCAUUUUGCCUGGCUCGUUACCAGAGAGCGUAGAAUCUUUACCAAAUUGCUUCGUGACAUAUAGCAUGGAAUCUGUCAUUGAACGCAGCAAAAGCUAUAGUGAUUUGAUCUGUAGAAAAAACAUUAGAGUUCUGAGGACUAUUUCACCAGCUGCAGUGGAGUUAUCAGAAACUGUUUGUGUAGAUAACUCAUGGCCCAACAAAGUGGAUUAUUCUAUUUCAGUACCCAACAAAGCCGUAGCUAUUGGUUCAGCCACCCCUAUUAAUAUUUCUAUUGUACCUCUUUCGAAAGGUUUGAAAUUAGGCUCGAUCAAAGUCGUACUAUUUGAAAAUUAUCAAUACUGUGAUCCUUUUCCUCCGGUAAUCUCUGAAAAUAGGCAAGUGACAGAACUAACUCUUGAGAACCCCCUGAACGAGUCAUCUGAAGAAUUUGGUGGUAGUGAUUGCUAUGUAAAUAACCCUUUUUUUCAGCCUGAUCAUUCGUUUCAAGACAAAUGGGAGAUUGACACCAUCCUGCAAAUCCCGAACAGUUUAUCAAAUUGUGUUCAAGAUUGCGACGUCCGCUCCAACAUUAAGGUUCGCCAUAAGCUCAAAUUUUUCAUCAUACUAAUUAACACAGACGGUCAUAAAUCUGAGUUGAGAGCGUCUUUACCGAUUCAACUUUUUAUUUCGCCAUUUGUGGCACUUUCAAUCAAACCAUUGUCAUCUUCUAAUCUAUAUUCACUUUUUAGCACCACUAACCAAAAAGAUGAAAACUCAUCACAAGAAGAGGAAGAAGAAUAUCUGUUUUCUAGAUCAGCAUCUGUCACAGGGUUGGAAUUAUUGGCGGAUAUGCGUAACGGUGCUGUUCCUACGAUUUCUGACUUAAUGACACCUCCAAAUUACGAAAUGCAUGUAUAUGAUCGCCUUUAUAGCGGUUCUUUCAACCCCACGCCUGCUGAAACGUCUGGAAUCUGUACCCCUUUGGGAAGCGAAUGUUCGGCUACUGAGGAUCAGCAACAGGAUUUAGAAGAUUUGCGUAUACGGUUAACAAAAAUUAGAAACCAACAUGACAAUCUAGGGCUACCGGCAUCUGCCUCGUCUGCCGCCGUUUCCAGAUCGCUGUCCCCAUUACUAAACGUUCCGGGACAAGAGGAUGGGAUAGAGAGAAGCUCAUCUCAGAGUGCUCUUGGUCCUAACAACAGUUCAUUGCCGGGAGUACACAAUAACGUAUCACCUGUUUUGCUUUCCAGGUCACCAGCCCCAAGCGUGUCAGUACAUGAAAUAUUACCAGUACCUUCGGGCUUAAAUUAUCCGGAGACCCAAAACUUGAACAAGGUUCCAUCGUAUGGUAAGGCAAUGAAAUAUGACAUCAUUGGUGAAGACCUUCCUCCUUCCUACCCUUGUGCAAUACAAAAUGUGCAACCAAGAAAACCCAGCAGAGUACAUUCUAGGAACUCUUCGGCAACAUUGUCAUCUUCCAUACCAAAUAGCUUCCAUUCCUCUAGUUUUAUGAGUAACACUGCUUCCCCUAUCUCGAUAAUUAAUGGCUCUAGAAGUAGUUCUAGUGGUGUGUCUCUUAACACACUUAGUGAAUUAACUUCAAAAACUUCAAAUAAUCCAUCCAGUAAUAGUCUCAAAAGGUCACCCACAAGACGGAGGGCUAGUUCUUUAGCCGGAUUUAUGGGGGGGUUUCUAUCAAAGGGUAGCAAACGAUAG